GUUCGGUAUAAAGUGGAGAGAUGGAGGGGUACUCGUAAUGGCGAGGCUGUAAAAUGGAGAUGCUGACUUAUGUAAUGGAUAUAGCGCUCCACCAUUGGCUAGCUGCGAUUCCGAUUUCGAGCUACCUGCUUAAGUCAUCAUGAUUCCACCAAUCACAGCAUUGGUCCAGGUCUGACGUUUGAGUUUGGGGAAGGGAGGGGAAGGGAGAGGAUGGAAUACUCAAAGUCACGACUUAGAACUGAACGAGAUUCAUUAGAAUAUUCAUCCGUAUUAACAACGCUUCAUGUCAUACUUCAGCUUACGCUAGCUUCUACCCCUUCACACGCCCACCACUCCUCUCGCUUCUGUCUCGAAGUUUGACACUUUUCAAGCAUAUAUCAAAAGAUCUGCGUGAUCAAGCCAACCACUCCCAUCAUCGUCCAGACACCACGCACUCAGCCGCCAUCCAAUCCAACGCAUCAUGUCCGGACGACCAGAACGACCCAGUAAGAAGCUCCGUACGCUGAGUACAGACUCGGAGGGCACAGCGGACCCCAUCGACUGGGCUAGUACAGGUACAGGUGCAACGGGAUCAGCUGCAGGCUCACGGGGAGGCAGGGCUGAGAAAGCCACGAGCGGGAAGAAUGAAACAUCACGCUCGCGUCGCAACACUGCAGAAAAUGUAUCCAUGGCCACAGUUUCACGUGGUCCUCCAUCCGGCUCAUCCAGGAGCCCGACAUCGAUGCGGCUCACAGUGAAGACUUCAUCAAGCAAACUGCGCGAGGCAACACGCUCCAGUUCAUCCGGAAAUUCAGGAUCCAGCACUACGACUAAUGCGCGUGAUCCAUUUAUCGGCGGUCAGAUUAUCGAGGGCAAGAGGGCGAGGAAUGUGAGGAAGAGUUAUGUGUUGGAGAGUGAUAGUGAGGAAGAGGACGAGGAUGAGGAGAUGGAAGAGGCUGGUGAUGAAGAUGCUGAGAUGGAGGAGGAUGACGAUGAAGAUCUAGAUGCCGAGGACGAUGGCCUUGGCGAUGAAGACGCUGAAGGCGAUAUUGACAUGGAAGUCGAUGUCCCGCCUCCACCGCCCGUAAUCAAAGUCUCCCGAGCAAAUGGCAAAGCCAAAGAAGUCAUCACCGUCAAACCACCUGUCGUCAAAGGCAAAGUCCUUCCAGUUGAGCAGAAAGAGAUGGAGGAUGCUAGUGACGAUGAGGAAUUGAGCGAGUUAGACAGCGAUCUCGCUGAGGAAGUCGAAGAGGAGGAAGGCAUGCAAACGGGUAAUGAGGAAGAUGCCGAAGGCGAAGAUGAGGAAAUUGAAGUUGAGGAGGAUGGUGAUGAAGAGGACGAUGAUAGUCUGGAUAGUGAUGACGAGACGCCGGGUGGUGGAAGUAGAGCCUCGACUCCGGAUCUGAAUAAGUUGACUAAGAGACAACGUGCGCGAUUCGAGGAGAGUGAUGGUGGCCAUUUGUUGGCUUUGCCUGAUGAGGUUCAAGUCAAGAAACACCUCACAGCAGAAGAACACGCCAUGCGCCGCGCAGAAAUGGCUCGUCGUCGUAAAAACCUCAGCGAGAAGCGCAACGAGGAGGAGAAGCUUGAAACAAUCAACAAACUCCUCAAAAAACAAGCCCCUAAAACCAACGCCCGCCGCGCCGGCAUGACCGCCUCGGACGCCAAUAACGCAGCAAACUCUACUAACAACUCCGCCGGGGACGGCGAGCCGGUAAAACCUAACGCGAUGUUUGUUCGCUGGGUGAGUACGAAGGAGGGGAAUAGGAUUGGUGUUCCGGAGGAGUGGUUGGAUGCGCCUGUGGGGAGGGUAUUUGAUGGGAGUGUGAAGAUGGGUGGAGGGCAUGGGAUGGGGGGAGGGAAGUUGAUUGAGGAGGUUGCUUAGAUUGAGAUUUUCUCAGCACUGACAGGUUGGUUGGUUGGUUGGUUGGUUCGUUGAGGGAAGAAGAUGAAUAGCUGGGUGUCCUGAGAGCCGGUUCAAUGGGUUAUUGGUGGUGGGGGUGAGUAUGACGGGAGAUGUAUUUAUAUGGGUUUAAAAGACUAGAUGAAUAUCUUAAAAUUGAUUUAUUACUCUUCACAGUUUACCACAUCGCAUCAAUUGGUUCAAUAUCAAUGACUGAAUGCCUCGUCAGCUAAUCUACGAUAUGAGUUUGAUUUAUCGCAUAAUUUCA